AUGGCAGACUUUGAAAAAACCUACCAAGAUGCCUUCGAGGCCGGUUUACUCCCAGGUGUUGCCCUCCUGGCCAGUAACAAAGACGGAACUUUCCACUACUCCAAGACAAUCGGCGUCCGCUCUCUCGCCGAAUCCUCCACUCCUCAGCCCAUGCAACUAGAUUCCAUCCUCGGCAUUGCCUCAUGCACCAAACUCAUGACGGCAAUAUCUGUGCUUCAAUGCGUAGAACGAGGGCUUUUAGAUCUCGACGCGGAUGUAUCUGAUAUCCUACCCGAAACCAGUGAGUUCGGCGUGAUUACGGCGUUUGACGAGGUGAAGAAUGAAGCCACAAUCAUACCUAGGACCAAGAAAAUGACGCUGGGCCACCUCCUAACCCACACCUCCGGCUACACAUACGACCUCAUCACCCCCCUCCUAACCUCCUGGCGCGUUUCGUGCUCCGAAACGCCCUGGCUCGGCGGCACCAUCCCGCAGAAAUGCACACUCCCGCUGCUUUUCGAGCCCGGAACAUCGUGGAUGUACGGGUGCUCGCUGGAAUGGGCUGGGAAAGCUGUCGAGAGAGCCACGGGGCUUACACUCGAGGAGUACAUGAAAGCGAAUAUUUGGUCGCCGUUGGGGCUUGAUGAUAUCACGUUUUAUCCUAAGGAGAGGGAGGAUAUGAAAGAAAGGAUGGCGACGCUGGCGAUGCUAGAUCCUGAUGGUAUCGCAGUCGAUGCAUCAGAUUUCGACAUGAAUGCCGGCGCGACGGAUUGUCUUGGUGGUGGAGGGGCGUUUGCUAGUAUGCCUGCUUAUUUCACGCUUUUGCAGGCGGUCAUGCGUGAGGAUCCGAAGUUAUUGUCGAAGGCCUCGUAUGAGGAGCUUUGGAGACCGCAGUUAGAUGAUGUAUGUAAGGAGGCGUUUAAUGAGUUAAUCAAAACAGAUGAUAUGUGGUAUACUAUUCUGGGUGUGGGAGUCCCGAGGGAGGCGAGGAAGGAUUGGUGUUUUGCCGGACUGGUUUGUGAGGAGGGUUUUGAGGGGGGACAUAGCAAGGGAACGGUGCUUUGGGGGGGAUUGCCGUGUUUGGUUUGGUUCAUCGACCGCGAAAAGGGCCUUUGUGGUAUUGCUGGUGCGCAGGUGAUGCCUCCCAUGGAACCGAGAAUUAUGGAUUUGCAUGAGGGGUUUCAGAAGGGGAUCUAUGAUGUUUUUGCAAAAGCUGGGGAGGAGGUGGUGGGUGGGGAUGAAGGUCGUUGA